CUUUGUACACAAUACUACACACCUCUACUUGAACUAUCUUCUGACCAUCAAUAGGUUGACUUCAAUUUGAUCUGUAAAGUCCAUUGUUGAUGAACAAUGGGAUUUAAUCCUGGCAGGACAUUCCUCUUUGUGUUCCCGCUUAAGACUUUAUUGUCCUUUGGACAUGAAUGCCAGCAAACCUAUUCAACUUCUCUAUGGAAAAAAGAGAAACUCUGCUGGAAAGCCAGGAGUUUGUAAAUUCUAUGGAGCUCUAGUUGCCUACUACCCAAACAGCACAGCUUUAUUUCAGUCGACCAUAUUGCUGUUGAAAAAUAUCGAAUCUCAACGGGUUAUUACAAGUCAUCUGCGGUACAGAUUCCUUCCAAAACAGGUCGAUGAGAAAAAGACGAAGAUCAUCUACGUCGCACGGAACCCAAAGGACGUGUUCACAUCAUGGUUUCAUUUCUUGAAGAAUGAUCCUCGCUAUGGGCACCUCCCUUGGGAAACGUACUUCAACGGUGCUUUAUCAGGGGAAUAUAUAUUCGGGUCAUGGUUUGAUCACGUCUUGGAAUUCUGGAACAUGCGAGAGCAAGAAAACGUUCUUUUCUUGAAAUACGAAGACCUCAAAUCGAACGUUCGAGAGACGGUGGCUUCCAUCGCUAACCAUCUCAAUCUAACCCCUACUGAUGACGUCAUCGAUAAAGUGGUUCAGAGUACUAGCUUAGAUGAAAUGAAGAAGAGGUACAAACAGAUGGAAACAGACACCCAGGAUCCUUUUAAAAUUCACUAUGGCAAAACUUAUGGUAUAAACAGUUACGUCAGAAAAGGGAAGAUUGGAGAUUGGAAGAAUCUUUUCACAGUGGCGCAGAACGAGGAAUUUGACCGAGUAUUCCAGGAAAAAAUGAAGGAUAGUGGAUUAUCCUUCGUAUUCCAGUAAUACACGUCGUCUACCAUGCCUGUCUGCUGUAAACUAGAAUCAUAAAAUCUGUUGGAUUAACUCACCAUUAAAAAACCCCAAAUUAUUAUGUACCACUUAAUUUAAUUCCUUUAUAAUCUUAAUGUCUGAUACAGUCAAAAUUGCUUUAUCGUUAAUUGAUUCUCUGUCUACUAAAAUAAUAUGAGCGGCGAUUUUAUCAGAUUUGUUUUUUUUAAUCCCUCAAGGGAAACCGAGGGGUGGUGAAGUCCCUCUUUCAAUAUAUGGAGGGACACGACCCCAACCCCUAAAUUGAUUUACAAAAAUAUAAUAUUGAAGAGUGCACACUUUUCAAGCAAAGGGGAAUAAUUUGAAAAUUCAACUUUUGGGGCAGAAAUGAGUCCCUCCGAUUUCAUUACAAGAUUAAAAAACGGCUUCUUUGUUUUCUGUUUUCCAAUUGGAUAAUACAUGGAAGAAAUUUUGUUCGCAAAAUACAGGGACAGUACAACGUCAACAAAAAAAAAAUGUUUGGACACUUUAUAACAUGUUGUUAUUGUCUUCUCUCAAAUACAAUAACAGUGUAAAUAUCAUAAGUAAAUCACAAAAUCACUGAAACAAGUAUUACAGAUUUAUACAAUUGCACAGUGAUCAAAUUAUACAAUUGUACAGUGGUCAUUAAGAAAAAUAUAUAUAAAAUGAUGGCAAUGA